GAUACAGUCGGAAUCAGAGCCGAGAGCCCCUGACUGCGCGCCUCACAUCAAUCGGGUCUUGGCUUGCGGUUUGAGAUUGUUUACAUCCAAUCAAACAAGUAAGAAAGAAACCAGCCUCAGCCAGAGAUGGACAGCGCAAAUCAGCUUGCAUCUGCGGGGACAUUUCAAGUGCUAAAAUUACCUCUGGGAUUUAUCCGCGUUUUGGAAUGGCUUUUUGCCAUUUUUGCAUUUGCGACAUGUGGGGGCUACUCUGGUCAGCUGCGGGUCAGCGUGGACUGCAUGGAGAAGGCCAGCAGCAACCUCAGCAUCGGCAUUGACUUCGCCUAUCCGUUCAGGUUGUACCAGGUGUCCUUCGAGGCCCCUGCAUGUGAAGCUAUGAGGAGGGACCGCGUUUAUCUCAUUGGAGACUAUUCAUCGUCUGCAGAGUUCUUCGUCACCAUUGCAGUGUUUGCCUUCCUUUACUCACUUGUGGCCACCGGCGUGUACGUCUUCUUUCUGAACAGAUAUCGUGAAAUCAGCCGAGGACCACUGAUUGACUUCGUAGUGACAGUGGUGUUCUCCUUCAUGUGGCUGGUCAGCUCCUCUGCUUGGGCCAAGGCUUUGUCUGAUGUCAAACUAGCCACAGAUCCAGACGAAGUGCAGCUCCUCAUCUCUGCAUGCAAAGAGCCGACCAACAAAUGUGGCUCUGUGCACGGACCGCGCUGGUCUGGACUCAACACCUCAGUGGUCUUUGGGUUCCUCAACUUUGUUCUGUGGGCAGGAAACAUCUGGUUUGUCUUUAAGGAGACCAGUUGGCACAAGGGUGCUUCAAAGUUUCCAAACGCAGCAUCUGAGAAACAGACCGGCGCUUUUAACCAACAGCCAUACAACCAGGGUACUUUUGAUCAGUCAGGGAGCUACAACACUCAGCCAUCUGAGUAUAGCCAGGUGGGAGGGCCCACGUCCUACUCCAACCAAAUGUAGUCAUGCCUUUUUAUUUUCCUGCAUUUUAAACCAGGGCCAAUGGGGCUGUGGGUGGGUGGGGCUUAAAGAAAAGAAGGGCAGUGGGUUAAACUUUCAUCUUCUACACAGUUUGGUCAGUUUCAGUCUGUCUGUGCAAGAAAAACAUAAAAGGUCGUAAAAAGAAAGUGUCAAAGAAAGACGUCUGUGAGUCAAUACUACGUACACCCAUUGUAGAUACAGGUAUUGUUGGGUAUUGUACAAAAUAAUUAGACAUAGUCCUCUUCUCCUUCUCCUUCGGAGGUGUUGUUUGCUGAAUAUUGUACUUCUUGUGGUUUGAAACAUGUUAGUGACAGUUUCUCUUUAUCUGUGCUCAGUGGACACUCAUUCUUUUGACUGGAUGUCUCUUUCAAACUAGUUUGCACUGUUUUUGAAGGGGAAAAGUGCUCUCUGUUUGUACAGUUUCAAGUGCAUGAUGUUGUGUGCAAAUGUUCUAUCUAUGUGAAAACAGGAAAAAGAAACGUACAUUUUAAUCUCUUAAAGUUUACAGAAUUUACACUGCCCUUACUUCUGGAAGUUUAGUCAGGUUCAUUUUGUUAUAUUUGUUUUUAAUCUAACAGAACAGCCAAAAUAUAUUUGAUAAUGACGUUUAUAAUUCUGAUACACAUUUAGGUUAAAUAUAGUGCAGGUCGUUGUGAAUUUCAUGUAUUACUUUUGAUGUCAGACAAUUUGGAAGCAAUAACUGUACACAACAAAUUAAUCUAUACAGGAUUUAUAUCAGGAAAAAUACAUACAUCACCCACAAUUUCAUGUUUUGUUUUUUUUUUUCCAUUUUUGAAUUUUUUAGCACUUUUUUUAAACAGGAAGAUUGACUUCCUUGUUGUUUACAAGUGGCUGCUCCUGCUACAAGUUACUGUGACUGUUUUCUAUGCUACCCUGAGAAUACUGGGAAAAUUAUUUAAAAAAAAAAAAAAAAAAAAAAGUAUACCUCUAUUAAGCAUGUCCACAGUAACCAUGUAUCUUGUUAAAGCCCUGCAAAAAAGCACAUCAGUUCCACAGUGAAAAUUCAAGAAUCAUCAACGGUGGGCUCAUACCUGUACAUAACUAUAAUGGAGCAUUUGUUUACUUAAAGCGACAAUUCAGGUUUGCAAAACUAUAAACGUCUGUGCAAUUCAUGUGUAGUGAUUAUGAAAGGAUCAUUUUGGUUGCUGUUUGUUUACAUUAAUAUGACUUGUGCAACCCCGUCUCCUUACCUCCUAAGCAUGUGGCUUGCAUCAGUGUAACAAAGCCGAUUAAACACCCAUGUAUGUAUUAUAGUCUGAUGUCAAUAAUAUUGUGUAUGGAUCCAUUUACUGGCAUUAGUUUCCUGAGUGCGGAUGAUACUUUACAGGCAUUUAAAGCAAAUAAAGAAGCACAAAUUUGUCCAUAUUUGAUGGGCAUUUG